GCGCACUUGUUGAUUUGAGGCAGGACAGAGAGAGCUAAAUAGUAUUUCGCUACAGAAUAAGAAUACUUGGCACCACACGAGGGGGGAAGGAAAUCUGUUUUCCACUGCUGUGCAGGACUCACUUCCCUGCAGUGCACACUUGAGCACAUGGACGCAGAAGUGCUUUGAAAUGACACCAUGAUCUAUUUGUCUAAGAGAACACGAGGAAGUAAUGUCAAAUAAUCAGGUCUCUGUAAGAUGCGAGUAAAAUCCAAACCCUGCAGUGUUGCUGUGCUACUGUCAACUCUCUGCACAGGGAUGAGAGGAAUAUUGCUGUUCCAUUCUGGACAGUUUAUGCAAUAAACGCAGACAGUUCUCCAUAUAGAAAAAGCAUUGCCAGCGGCGACUGAUUUGCUGGGUCAAUCUCGCAACGAUUGCAACCAGGUUUGCGUUGACCGCGCUGCAACAGCUGCAUUUGCGCUCUGAGUUGGAGAAGCUCUCGCGCAUGGGACCUACCAGAGAGGCUCAGAGAUGUUCUCGUGGAAUGUGGACAGAAUGACUGAUGUGGACGCUCCAGAACGGUAAACGACCCGUGUGCGCAACGAUGCAGCGAAUUCUUCAGAGGAGACGGAUCCGCACACUGCGCUUGGUUUGGUCGCUCAUGGCCGUGCUCGCGCUGUCCCUGGCUGUGUGCAGUGCCAUAUUUACAGUGUGGACAAUGCGACAAACGCGGGACCUGUCGAGGUCUUUCCAAACUCUGCAGGAGCGCUUAGAGCAGGUGAAUAUGCAGCGCAAGGCCAUCUUCCAGCUCAUCCUGGAAAAACGCGAACUGCUGGAGAGUCAGAGGUUCCGCAGAGAUGUGGGAGGGAGGAAAGGAAAUGGACGAAAAGUGGCCUCUCAUUUUGAGAUAACCAACGAUUUCGUCCAAAAAGUGGGGAGUGAAGGAGUCAUUAAAGGAUGGACUGAGGAGCAGCUGAAUAUGAGCAAAGCGGUGAAAUAUGAUGAAGACACUGGCACCUUUAAAGUAGAGCGCAGCGGUGUCUACUUCCUGUACUGUCAAGUACACUUCAAUGAGAACCAGAGUCAGUACGUGAAGCUCGAGGUGUCCGUUCAUAAGGGCCCUUUGCUCCAGUGCAUCGAGGGGUAUGGAACCACACCAGCAUCUGGCUCACACAGGUUUCACUUCCUAAAGCCUUGCCAGGUCUCCGGCCUCCUACGCCUUAACAAGGGCGCCGAGCUGAAGGCCGUCACCGGACGUUCCUUCAGUCUGCAGAUGUCGGGCAAACACUACUUUGGCCUCUUCAAAGUCAACUAGAGGCACAGACGGUUUUCCAGACACCUCAGCUGUAUGGACAAAAUAGUUUUAUAGUUUUCCACAGAUCACUGGCCCAAAAGUACCUAACCUAAACCUGUCUCUUUGAACCUGGCGUUGCUUUAAAAGAGGAAAUAUUGACUCAGCAGGGAACAUUUCUAUAACCAGCUGACUGUGGUCACGGAUGACCCCUUUAUGAACGCAAGUGCCCUUCCAUGGAGAUGUCAUCGGGAUGUUAAUGACUGCACAUCUCGCCUUGCUGGACCAAUUUAUGGAGAAUCAUUUUAUACUCUGUCGGUUUGGCUGCAAAUGCCUUAUUAAACCCAAACCAGCACAGUUUCUACUAUAUAAAUAUAACAUUUAAUUACAGCAUACCAGAGACAUUGCUCCAGCAGCGUGGUUGGCUUAUACACUGGCAUAACCAGUUUGACCAGAAGGACCAUGAAUUUUCAGCAGCAUUGCAGGCCACUACAAGCAUGAGAGGUUUCACCACUGGUUACUUGGCUGGACCAAAACAGAGCUGCCCUAGUUCAUGAACUGCCUUACUGGAUGGGUUCAGCACAGAAAAAUGAAGGUUUUGGUUGGUCGUUAUGAAAACUCAGAGUGACUAAAUAUGCAUCAGAUAAUACAAAAAAAGUUACUUUUGUUUGUUGCAUUGAUUUGAAAAAACAAGCCACACGUUUCUUUCCAAAUACACUGUCACUGUGACAUAUGAAACAUAUAUUAAUAUUUAUCGAUGAAAAUGCCGUGACUUUUAAGCAGAUGAUGUAUCUUGUGUACUGUACUGUGUCACUGAAAGUGGACUAUGUGUACAUAUGGCAUGAAGGUUGAUGGCAUGGACGGCACAGACCUUUAAAAAAAAAGUCGCAGUAUGCAGUAUGCCUUUAGUUUUUAUAUAAGGUGCAAUUUCAUGAUAUAUUUUUUUUUAAAGGUAAAUUUACAGAUUUUUACACCAUCGUAAUUUCAUUUAAUCUCACUAAUUAGAAAUGUAUGAAACCACUGGUGACUCGAAUCUGUCAAUAUCUACCUGAACUACCGCUCCUGAAGCCUUUCUUAAAUCUUGUAAAUUCUGUCAAUUAAAUCUAAAGUGAAAAUUACAACUGUG